CGAUGUAAAAUUGCAUUCCGAAUUCAACACAACUAUUUUCAGAUCCAACACAGCUAAAACAGCGAAUCCGGGCUAAAAUUACUUUCACAAUAUUUUCAAAAAAAAGUAGUAUUUUCGGCUAAAGUCCCAGGUUUUAAUUGGUACCCCUCCAAAAAUUGUACCGUUCGAUUCAGCGCAAAAUUCUACAUCCAACACAGCGAAAAUGAAAUUCAACACAACCCUAUAGGCGAAUUCGGCUGGAAAAACUCGAAUCUUGUGCUAACUUCCCUAACGUCAUAAAUCAUUUGAUAAAUAUAUGGUAGAUAGUUAGAUUGAAGACUUCCUUGAAGGUUGCACUUGUAAGUACGAUUUCAUUAAUACGUGUGAGUUUGAUAUAAUGUACAAAACAAAAAUUAGUUGUUUCAUUUGAAUUGAUCUCAAUGAAAUUGAAUAAUGCAAGAUAUGGAAUAAAUAAGAUCAUCGAUAAAAGAUCUCUGAUAUAAAGGCUUUUGUCUAAUUCUAUGUUCUUUUUCAUAGGUUACUUUAUUAUCUUAAAAUGAUAUUAAUCCGACGUUUAAAAUUAAUUGGACGUUUAUUCUCAACUAUGUUUCUCUGUAUAUUUUUUUAUUUCAUGUUACUUCAUCGUGAAUAUUCCGAUAAUCAAUCUUCUUAUUCUUUGACAACUAUGAAUUCUGAUGGGUAUUGUCAUUUUAAACCCUCAACUGAUCAAUUUAUUCUUAAAUAUAAACCAUAUUCGUUGACUGCGAAUCAAUCCAAUGUGACGCGUGCCAUACCAACAAUUGAACGAAUACGUAAUCUCUUAGAACUAAUUCGUUCAAAAGAGGAUACAUAUCAACCACUACUACAAAAUUUUGACGUAUUCAGUAUGAUAAAUCCGGAUAUAUCAUUAAAAGCAUAUACCGAUGAAAGUAAUAUCGAUGAAAUAAAAACAUUAUAUAAUCGUUAUAUUAAAUUAAUGCCAGAUAAUAAAACAAUACAUGUUGAUCACACAAUGAUAGAUUAUUUAAAACAAAUAUCAAGUUAUUUAUCAGAUGGAUUAGAAAAUAAUAGAACAAAUAGAGCAGCAUUAUCGCUUAUAGAAAAUCAAAAGAUAUCAGUGAAAACUGCAGCUUCUCUAUACAACAUACCUAGUCGAACAAUAUUUCAUAGGCUUGCUAGAAGCCGAACUGGUGCCAAGCGUGGUCGAAAAACUAUUCUUUGUAAAGAAGAAGAGUCACAUUUAGUUGAUACUAUUCUUCUGUUUCCGAAAUGGCAGCGACCCAUUUCACCAUCGGUUGUUAUGAGGUUAGCUAAACCUUAUAUGCUACAAUUGGGCAAGGCUGUGUCUCUGAAAUCAACUCUUCGAGAUUGGUUCUAUGGUUUCAUGCGACGAUGGUCGAAAGAGAUUAAAUUGGCUAAAUCAGGGAAGCUUGAAAAGGCACGUUCGGAAGCGUGUCGCAAAGAAACUGUCGAAUCCUGGUUCAAACAUCUAAAGGAAGUUCUGACCAAACACAAACUAUUUGAUCGACCUGAAGCAUUGUGGAAUGCUGAUGAAAGCGGUUUCAGUGAUGAUCCGAGCCAACGAUCAGUGAUAAUAAAACGAGACAGUAAAUGGACAAUAUCAUCUCAAUCUGGUACCGGCAAAUCAUAUACUACACUGAUCAUGUGUACUUCAGCAAGUGGCGAGAAACCGCCACCAUAUAUAAUUUAUCGAGGUGUCAAACUGUGGUCUACAUGGGUUCCAAAAAACGGAUUUCCAGGAGCUCGUUACAAUGUUACCUUGUCAGGCUGGGUGGAAGAAGAAGUAUUCUAUGAUUGGUUGGUUCAUCAAUUUAGCCCUGCCGUUCAACAUAUAAAGCGGCCUCUAAUGCUAUUUUUCGACGGCCACCGUGCACAUAUAAGUGCUCGAAUAGUGAAAACUGCAAUGGAUAAUGGAAUCGAACUAGAAUGUUUACCUCCUCACACAACGACACUGCUACAACCCUUGGAUGUCGUCACGUUGAGCAAAGUCAAAACUGCCUGGCGUUCGAUUCUGGUUGAACACAAUACAAAAACUAAUAGUGCUCCAAUACAAAAACCAAAAUUUUCUUUACUUAUUUAUGAGCGUUGGAAAAAUCAUUUAUUAAAAGGUCACUGUAGUGCUGGCUUUGCGAAAGCUGGUAUUUACCCGUAUGAGCCUCGUGCUGUUAGUAAUGAAAAAUUACUUGGUCCAUCACCAUCAAUUACAUCGAAUGAUGGAUUAAUUGCUUCUAACGAUUCAGUUGUCAUCAAUCGUCGUACUCACCAGCUGAUUCGAUCAACCUCAUGUGAUCAACUUUCUACUUCGGCUUUGAGUCUCACAACGACUCCUUUACAUAGUACUCGAUGUAUCUCAAAUGUUAAUUCUCUUUCGCCAAUCACGACAACGGUUUCACAUAUUCCUCAUAUUGAAACGUCAUCCAUGGCAUCAGUAAUUACAGCAGCAUCUUCUACUAUAUCGUCAACUAUGGAUGGAACAACGACAACUGUAUCGUCUUCUGCUCAUGAUAGUUCUAAUUGUGAUUUGCUUUCAUCUGAUGUACCAGUAUUUACCGAUUUAACGAAUCAAACUGUGAGGAUGAUAAACAAUUCAUUAUAA